GCCUUUAGCGAGACGGGUGUAAGCAGAAGGCCGCUUUAAACCCGGGUGAAAUGUUUAACCCGUUCUGGCUAGCAGCUACACAGCAGCCGAGCUAACCGGAGACUGUCCGCGAGGCUGAACGCUUUUCUUCUGCGCCGGCGGACGGAAAGUCGGGGCUGUUUCUGUCUGAAAUGUUUUCCUCUCCGUUCGGGGACCGUGUCUGUGGCCGUUAUGCGGCAUAUAACCGCAGCUGCUGGCUUCCUGACGCGCACCCCCGUUUCAAACUUCAAACCCCAGUCUUCCCUACCCAAGAGUCUCUCUUCAUCUCGGAGACUAAAUGCAACUGGACCAGGGGGCUUGUGGGCAUGAAGUGGCCGGGCGAAUCCAAGAACAUGGUAUUGAAUGGCAGACGACAUGGGAACAAGUUGACUGGAGAGCAAGCUGUGAGUCGCUCUCAGCCCCCACAGAGGGCAUCGCUGCGCCACGUCAAAAGCCACCCGAGAAGUCGAAGAUGUAGCCGCAGGUGUAAUGGAGCCAGCGUUGAGGCAGAGAGGCGCUACGUGCCCUCCUCAGGAAUGACCGCCAAAGAGCUGUGUGAGAACGAUGAUUUGACCACAAGCCUAAUCCUGGAUCCAUAUCUGGGCUUUCAGACUCACAAAAUGAACACCAGAUUUCGCCCAAUCAAAGGGAGACAAGAGGAGCUGAAGGACAUCAUCGAGAACUUCAAGAAACACGACAAUUUGGAAAAGGCUUUUAAAGCUCUCACGUCUGGCGACUGGUGCCGAAAUUUGUUCCUUCACAAGUCCAAGGCUCAAGAAAAGCUCUUCAAGCAACAUGUGUUCGUAUAUUUGCGGAUGUUUGCCACAGAUAGCGGCUUUGAGAUUCUUCCCUGUAACCGGUAUUCAUCUGAGCAGAACGGCGCUAAAAUUGUGGCCACUAAGGAAUGGAAAAGAAACGAUAAGAUCGAGUUUUUGGUCGGCUGCAUCGCCGAGCUUUCAGAGAGUGAGGAGAACAUGCUGCUGCGCCACGGCGAGAAUGACUUCAGUGUCAUGUACUCCACACGCAAGAACUGCGCCCAGCUUUGGCUUGGGCCCGCUGCGUUCAUCAAUCACGAUUGUCGACCAAACUGCAAGUUUGUGUCGACGGGACGGGACACGGCCUGCGUGAAGGUCCUCAGAGACAUUGAGCCAGGAGAGGAAAUCUCUUGUUACUACGGAGAUGGCUUCUUUGGGGAGAGCAAUGAGUUCUGUGAAUGCUACACCUGUGAAAGACGGGGUACCGGGGCUUUCAAAUCCAAAGCUGGACUGCCAGUGGAGGCGCCGGUCAUCAACAGCAAGUAUGGGUUGCGGGAGACGGACAAACGGCUCAACAGGCUGAAGAAACUCGGAGAAGGAAACCGGAGUUCAGACAGUCACUCUGUGGGCUCUCACACUGACCUAGACUCUCAGGAAAUGCCAAAAACACAUCAAGCAGUCAGAAAGAGAACACCAUCUUCAUCAUCAUCCUCAUCUGGCUUGAAGUACAAAAACAGGACACAAAGCAGGCAGACUCUGUCGAGAGCCCUCUCUACCUCAUGUUCAAAGCAAGGUCGUGUAAACAACAACAACAACAACAACAGGGUACCAAAGAGACUGAAAUCCCAAUCCAAGCCUUCACUCAGCAAGGUCCAGCUGCGAAGUCAGAGAAGAGGGGUGGAGCCCAGGGCACCAGCCCGAGCGGACUGUCAGCUGGGUCUCAGGGACUCGAAGGGAUUGACGUGUAAAGACGUCGCCAUUAAGAAGGAAAAGGAUGCACAGGAACCGGGUCAGUUAGCACUGAGUCAGCAAGGCUGCCUUACGCGGCACGCUACCAGGGAGUGCAGCAGCCAUCCAGCUGCGCAGGGCGGCAAGAGCUCCUCCUACAGAACUCGCAGGUCCACAAGGACCCUUGUAAAGGCCCAGGAACUAGUAACUUGUGUCAAACUGGAGCCCAGCGCCAUGGAUGGCUUAAGCCCAGUCCCUGGCGGUGUGGUCAUCAAGACUGAGCCAGCAGAUAUGGAGGAGUACCUCCACCAUGGAGUUGGCCUGGAGCAGCCAAUGUUGGACUCUGGUUAUGCCAGAAGAGGCUUGCGCACCAGCUGGAAGCGGCUGCCGCGGUCCAGGACUGAUCGGACAGUUAAAUGCGAGGGCUCAAACUGUGAGCCGUUCAUGUCUGGGGCCGUGGGCCAUCCCCCCGACUUCUCAGACUGUGCUAACGGACUUUCCGGCUUCGCCAGCAGACACAGGGACUAUAACUGUAUUGCCAGUGGCGCCAAGUCCCUCCACGGGGAUAAAGGGAAGAGCAGCUACCGCUCCCAGGAUAAGGGGAAAAAGAAGCGACGCAUCACGCGAUACGACGCUCAGCUGAUCCUGGAAAACAACACAGGAAUCCCAAAACUGACGCUCCGCCGGCGGAGGGACAGCAGCAGCAGCAAGACCAACGACGCCAACGACAUUGGCUCCUCCACCCUCUCCGCAUCCACCGUCAGCUCGGCCUCUUCCAGCAAAAUCAGCAUCAAGUUCAGCAAGGACCAUGACAAGGACAAAGGCAGCUCGUACGUGGCCAAACUGAACAACGGCUUCACCCCCAUCGUCCACAGCAACUCAACCAAAUUAAAAAUCCAGCUGAAGAGGGAGGACGACGCUCGCCAGACUUCACAGGCCGCCUACCACGGGGACGUGGUUCAGAGCCUGGACACCCGGAUCGGUGGGUAUCGAACCCAGAAGGUUCUGGCCGAACCUUCGUCUGAUGAGGAUGAUGAGGAGGAUGAUGAUGAUGAGGAGGGGGAGGAUGAUGACGACUAUUUUGACAAUGAAUUUGAAGAUGACUUCAUUCCACUUCCCCCAGCAAAGCGGCUCCGCCUCAUUGUGGGCAAAGACUCCAUCGACAUUGACAUCACCUCCAGGAGGAGAGAGGAUCAGUCUCUGAGGCUCAACGCGUGAACGCCCCCUGUACAUAGAGACAACCGACCAAUCAACUGUUGUGUUGAUGUAAAAACAAAAAAAUGAUUAAAAAACUAGAGCAUUAGUCAUCUGAAUGAGGGUGCUGUUAACUUAAAACAAAUCUCUGUUGUUCACCAAACUUAAAAAGUUUCACUCUAGUUGCCAUGAUGACGUCUCUGCAUCACCCGGCAGGAACUCUUGUUCUUUGUGAAGUGAAAGCUGGACAUUUGUUUUAAGUUGACCCGUUCCUUGUUGUGUUGGACCUUGUAGAAAGUGUACAGUCCCCUCUGCCAUAGGCAGGACUUGGUUCUGGUCUCGGUGCGACUUUCGGCUCCAGGUGCGUCAUUUCGUCCAUCUGUUGCCAUGUUCUCAUUAUGUUGUCAUUGUUCUGUAAAGAUUCCUCUCUGAUGACGAGACGUUUUACCAGGUAAUCAAGCGUUUCUGGGUGGGGCUAAUUGGUUGUUAAAAUCUGAACUGGUGAUCUUCAUCCUCCUGAGUUUCAACCCUCUAGCUGUUCCAAAGGGAGCUACAUGGUUCCCAGCAUAUAGAUGAAGUUAACAGACUUUAAAUCUGAUGAUUUGUUUAAUUCCAAGGUUUUUUAAGGAUGUUGUCCUUCAAUACAUUCACUGCUUCUAUUUAAAUGAGGGGCGGGUCAGUUAAUGGGUCUAAUAGUUUGACCAUUGAAGCAACAACUGCAGGGUUCACUCAGUGGAAUCGAGUGGCGGGUGUCUGUGGUUGGUGAAGGAGACUCCCUGGGCUCCAAAAACAGCAAAACCAUGACCUGAGAGCAUCAGGCGUCUCCAUAAUGACAACAUGGCACGUGCAUUGAAUUUGGUGAAGAUGAUGUACAGACCAGGCGGACUCAUCACUGAUUUAAUGUAUCGUUUCCCUGAAUCAUGAUUCUGCAGCCCUGCGGACUCAGGGGGCGGGCGUCUCCUCUCUGGUGUUGCAUUCCUUUGGGCUUGGACACGUCAACAUCUCCUCCCCAGAUGCCUCAGAUAUUUGGAGAGGGGGUGAACCUGUGGAGCAGAGGGGGAGAGGAGCAGGUCUCUGGCUGCUCAACAGUAGAUAGCUGAUUGUUUUGUCCAUUUCAACAGAGUUUAGAAGAACUGGAAGGAAGGUGUUGUAGAAGCUGGACCAGGCCUAGUGUGUAAUUGGACUUCCUGUCUGCGCAGUAGUUAACCAAACCGGCUUCAUCUGACUUAGAGGAACAUUUCUUGUGUGUGGAGUAGCAGCAGAGGCGUUAGAGCUGCCAUCAUUCCUGGAGACCUCCCACCAAGGCUGUUCCUUUAACCCGGAUCUGCUCCAGGCCUUCUGUACCUUUUUCUGUUGUUGGGGCGUAAGCUGAUGGAGGUCCACAAAGGUGGUCGACCCAGACCCGCACCGUUCACAUCACCAGCAGCUGUUCUCAUCACACCCUGUGGACUCUUGAAGGUGUCCUGUCUAUGUGCUCUCUGUUCAUAAACUAAUGUGAAAAGAUUGGGGACAUUUUAGCGUGUAAAGAGAAUCCAGAUGGGCGAUGCAGAUAUUGCCCAGUAUGUAAAUCAUGUGAACACAUCUUGUACCUAUUUAACAGUUUUGAAUACUUGAAGACUAUAUAAAGUUUCUUUGUGACUCUUG